GGAAGAGGUUGUCCCAACGCUGCCACGCAUCUUGUUGUUUGUCUGACUAUAGUGCAACAACUCUUCCGUGACCAGCGUUGACAAAUGGCAAGCACGCUCCGCCAGGGCCUAGUGGCCCCGGCAGCGGCCUCUCGGAUUUUAACUCCUAGCGUCGCCGCGCCAGUAACCGUUGCUCCAAUUUUGCGUGGCAAGGCGGCUGUGCCUGCGCGGCGCGUUGUUUCGGGAGCUCCGGCUCAGCGCGUCCCUGCCCCUCCACGGGUCGCUACUCCAGAGACUCCUGCCACGUCGGGCGAUGUUAACAUUUCUGUAAACAACGACGAUUCGAACUACACGGUCAUUAGCGUGCAGGCGGCUAACAAGCCAGGGCUCCUGAGUUCCAUCACGGCGCUGUUCCGCGACCUUGGUGUGGACGUCGGAAAGGCCGUCGUCGAGGGCGACGAUGGCCGGAUCAACGACAAGUUCUAUAUCCGCUCUAUGGCUGGGGCCAAGCUUUCAGAUGAGGAGGCCGCGGACACUAUGCGGGCCCUGGAUGUGCUCCUGCGGUCGAAGCAGAGCAGCACCGAUGUGAGCCGGCCAAAGUUUGAGAGGUUCGAGGCCGCUGCUCAGGGCCAGAUGUCAAAGGCUCGCCUGCACACGCUCAUGGACACCUACAUCAAGAACGACGUGCUGAGCAUCCAGGAGGACAUCGUCAACCACGUGGAGUACACCAUGGCACGCUCGCGGGUGCGCUUCGACAACUUCGAGGCCUACCAGGCCACCUCCUUCUCGCUGCGUGACCGCCUCAUCGAGCGCUGGAACGACACGCAGACGUGGUUCAAGGAGAAGGACCCCAAGCGCGUCUACUACCUGUCCAUGGAGUUCCUGAUGGGUCGCAGCCUGCUCAACACGCUGUACAACCUGGACAUCAAGGAUGCCUACACGGAGGCGCUAUCGGAGCUGGGGUACGAUCUGGAGACGCUAGCGGAGCUGGAGCGCGAUGCCGCGCUGGGCAACGGCGGUCUGGGUCGUCUGGCCGCCUGCUUCCUGGACUCCAUGGCCACCCUCAACCUGCCCGCGUGGGGGUACGGCAUCCGCUACCAGUACGGCAUGUUCCGUCAGACCAUCCAGAACGGUUUCCAGCACGAGCAGCCCGACUACUGGCUCACCUUCGGCAACCCCUGGGAGAUCGAGCGCCACAUCGUACAGUACCCCAUCAAGUUCUACGGCCACGUGAGUGUCGUACAGGACGAUGGAAAGCAGAUCUUCCGGUGGAACGCGGGGGAGACGGUCACGGCCGUGGCGUACGACAACCCCAUUCCAGGGUUUGGCACGCGCAACUGCAUCAACCUGCGCCUGUGGGCGGCUAAGCCGGCCAAGGAGUUUGACCUGGAGGCGUUCAACACGGGCGACUACGUUGCCGCCAUUCUGAGCAAGCAGCGCGCCGAGACGCUGUCCUCCGUGCUCUACCCCGACGACCGCACCUACGAGGGCAAGGAGCUGCGCCUCAAGCAGCAGCACUUCUUCGUCAGUGCCACCGUGCAGGACUGCGUUCGCCGCUACGUGGAGGCGCACCCCGGCAACUGGGACGACUUCCCCACCAAGACCGCCUUCCAGCUCAACGACACGCACCCCACCAUCGCGGUGGCGGAGCUGAUGCGGGUGCUCAUGGACGAUCACAAGCUGGGCUGGACCAAGAGCUGGGAGAUCUGCACCAAGGUGUUUGCCUUCACCAACCACACGGUGCUGCCCGAGGCGCUGGAGCGCUGGCCGGUGUCGCUGAUUGAGAAGCUGCUUCCGAGGCACAUGCAGAUCAUCUACGACGUCAACUGGCGCUUCCUGCAGACGGUCCGCAACAAGUACGGUGACGACUGGGAGCGCAUCAGCCGCAUGUCCAUCAUCGAGGAGGGCGCCAACGGGGAGAAGUUCGUGCGCAUGGCCUACCUGGCUGUGGUCGCCUCCCACAGCGUCAACGGAGUGGCCGCCAUCCACUCCGACAUCAUCAAGGACACCAUCUUCAAGGACUUCCACGACCUGUGGCCGCACAAGUUCCAGAACAAGACCAACGGUGUCACUCAGCGCCGCUGGCUGGCCUUCUGCAACCCGCCGCUGCGCCAGCUCAUCACCAAGACGCUGGGCAGCGAGGACUGGAUCCUGCACCUGGACAACCUGCGCCAGCUGCGGCAGCACGCGGAUGACCCCGCCUUCCAGGCGGAGUGGCGCGCGGUGAAGCACGCGGCCAAGGAGAAGGCGGCGGCGCUCAUCCAGCGGCUCACGGGCGUCAAGAUCAACACCGACGCGCUGCUGGACAUCCAGGUCAAGCGCAUCCACGAGUACAAGCGGCAGCUGCUCAACGUGAUGGGCAUCAUCUACCGCUACGACCAGAUCAAGAAGAUGAGCCCCCAGCAGCGCAAGAACGUGGUGCCGCGCGUGUGCGUCAUCGGCGGCAAGGCGGCUCCCGGCUACGAGAUGGCGAAGCGCAUCAUCAAGCUGGUGUGCGCGGUGGGGGACAAGAUCAACAACGACCCGGAUGUUGGCGACCUGCUGAAGCUGGUGUUUGUGCCCGACUACAACGUCUCCUCCGCCGAGGUGCUCAUCCCCGCCACCGAGCUGUCGCAGCACAUCUCCACCGCAGGCACUGAGGCCUCCGGCACCUCCAACAUGAAGUUCACCAUGAACGGCUCGCUCAUCAUUGGCACGCUGGACGGCGCCAACGUGGAGAUCGCGGAGGAGAUCGGCGACGAGAACAUCUUCAUCUUCGGCGCCAAGGCGCAUGAGGUGGCCCGCCUGCGCGCCGAGCGCCGCAACCUGCGCACCGACGAGCGCUUCAACCACGUGGUGGGGCUCAUCCGCAGCGGCUACUUUGGGUGGGAGGACUACUUCGGUCCCGUGGUGGACGCCAUCACCAGCGGCGGGGACUACUACCUGGUGGCCAACGACUUCCCGGCCUACAUCGACAUGCAGAACAAGGUGGACGCCACCUACCGCGACCAGGCCCGCUGGACGCGCAUGUCCAUCAUGGCCACCGCCGGCACCGGCAAGUUCUCCACCGACCGCACCAUCGCCGAAUACGCGAAAGACAUCUGGCACGCGGAGCCCUGCCCCGUGCCGCAGCCGGGCGCCAAGGCCAAGUAAAGGAGGGGCGAGGCGCGGGUCGGGUGUGUUGCGGCGGCGGUGGUGGUGGAGGGAGGAGGUGUGCUGUGCUGUCGAAGGUGGGAUGCGAGGCGGUUGCGGAGGGUGCGUGGGAGGAGGAGGAGGGGGAGAAGGUUUGUUGUACCACUUGUGAUAAAUUCUUGGCAGUAGAUGUGAGGUUAGGGUAGCAGUAGUCUUCCCUUCCUUGGUGUUGGCGAGGAGUAGGAGUCCGCGACAGGUGCGGGUGGCCUACCCUUUGAGCGUUGAGGUUUAGGUUGGGAUGGUCUGCUGUCCUGUCUUUGUGUAUACCUUGUGGUGUUUUGAGGUGGGUGGCGUUGUUGUGUGUGGCGUGUAUCGUGUACGCGGCUGCUGGGAUUCGCGUUUGUGUUUGAAUCAGUUGCAUGUCGAAGAGUUGCGCAAGGGCGGAUUCUUCGUGUCCACAAAUGCUGGUGGCAAUGGCCUGAUCGCAUGAUGUCAAGGGAAAGCCCCGGGCGUCUUUCUGGAUGGCAGUAUCGGUAUGAAGUUCGUGUGCAUUUGAAGGCUUGUGCCCCUGCAAUGCAGUGCUUUUGCCAUGUGUUAGCGGCUCACCUCCUGUGCAUGUGCGGUUUUGCCGCGCGGGCGGAAACCGGACAGGAACAGGACGCCGCUUGUGACAGCAGUAUAGCGUUUCACGGACGGUGCCCGUUGGGACAGUUGUUUUGGCUGCGGCGGUUGUUGUGGCACGAGGAUUGGCAGCCUUGGAGCUUUGUUUGCCUGCCCUUUCCCUUAUAGCGAGAUACGCGCACAUGGGAGGAGUAGUCGUUGUUGAGAAGACGUCGUUGUUGGUACGUUUGCUCACUUAUUCUUUUACCCCUGGAGAGCCGAGGAUGUACGGUAUAGAGUGAAGAAGAAUUUGACCACAUAUGUAAAUGCGUGUGUGUUUUGCUAUAGUAGGGCGUAGCCUUUAUGCCUUUUGUUUCUGGAGGAAGGAGUGUGCGGGUCUACGGGGUGCCUUGCCUUCUGGGCGCGUAUUGAGCCCAUCGGAUGGUUGACAUGUGGCACGCCUAGGACACACACACGCGAUGCUUUUGCCGGGGCAG